AGACUAGUUUCUUACGAAUUUAUUGAUAAGUUCUUGUUAUUUAUGUAUGUUCAAUUAACUUUACUGAAAGUUAGUGUAUCUGGAAACAAGUUUAUCAGGUGUUUAACUACUUAGUUCACCACUUUUUCAUCUCAUCUGUAACAAUUUCAUUCAAGAAAUUAGCCAGCGACAUCUUUAAUUUCGUUUUUAUUGAACAAUAAGAGGUUUAAAAUGCCAGGAAUUGCAACUAUGUCACUGGAGAAUAUGUACUGCACUCGCUGCGGUGAUGGGUUUGAGCCCAAUGAGAAGAUUGUCAACUCCAAUGGAGAACUCUGGCAUACAAACUGUUUUGUAUGUGCCCAAUGCUUCCGGAUGUUCCCUGAUGGAGUGUUUUACGAGUUUGAGGGCCGUAAAUACUGCGAACAAGACUUUCAAGUGCUUUUCGCCCCGUGCUGCGGCAAAUGCGGCGAGUUCGUGAUCGGACGAGUGAUCAAGGCAAUGAAUGCCAACUGGCACCCGGCCUGCUUCCGCUGCGCGGAGUGCAGCACGGAGCUGGCGGACGCCGGCUUCAUCAAACAUGCGGGCCGCGCGCUGUGCCACGCCUGCAACGCGCGCAUCAAGGCCGAUGGCUUGCAGAACUACAUGUGCCACAAGUGCCAUGGUGUGAUCGACGGCGAGCCGCUGCGUUACCGCGGCGAGGUGUGGCACGGGUACCACUUCACGUGCGCCACGUGCGAGGUCGAGCUCGACCAUACGGCGCGUGAGGUCAAGAACCGCCCGGGCUACGCAGCCAACGACGUGAACAAUCUGUUCUGUCUUCGUUGCCACGACAAGAUGGGCAUCCCGAUCUGCGGGGCAUGCCGCCGCCCCAUCGAGGAAAGGAUCGUCACCGCCCUCGGGAAACAUUGGCAUGUUGAGCAUUUCGUGUGCGCUAAAUGCGAGAAGCCGUUCCACGGGCACCGGCACUACGAGAAGAAGGGCCUCGCGUACUGCGAGCAGCACUACCACCAGCUGUUCGGCAAUCUGUGCUACGUCUGCAACCAGGUCAUCGCCGGAGAUGUAUUCACGGCGCUGAACAAGGCGUGGUGCGUGCACCACUUCGCGUGCGCCGUGUGCGACGCGCCGCUGAGCACGCGCAGCAAGUUCUACGAGUACGACGAGCGGCCCGCGUGCCGCCGCUGCUACGAGAAGCUGCCGCAGGAGCUGCGCCGCCGUCUGCGCCGCGCGCACCACUACACGCCGCGCCGUUAAACACUGAUGUCACCACAAUCUAAACACACUGACCUUC